AUGUUUGGGUCGAAGGACUCCGGGAAUGAGUUCUCGGUCCUAUGGGAGCCGCCUGAUGCCCGGGUGGGGCCACGCGCCAUGCUCCUGCCCGCCAGCUGCGGGCAGCGGCGCGGCGCGGCGGCCGAUGUAGUUUUCCUGGUGGAUCCGGCCUGGAGCGUGGGGAAGGAGCACUUCCAGCUGGUCCGCGAGUUUCUCUGUGACGUGGUGCGGGCCUUGGCCGGGGGCCUGCAGGACUUCCGCUUUGCCCUGGUCCAGUUCGACGGCAACCCCCAAACCGAGUUCCUGUUGAACACCUACCGCUCCCCGCAAGAAGUCCUGUCCCACCUCUCCAACCUGUCCUACACGGGGGGCCGCAGCCCGGCCCCCAACGGCGUGGAGAGCGCGGUGCGGGCCCAUCUGUCGCGGGCGGCCGGGAGCCUGGCCGCCGACGGGGUCCCACAGCUGAUCCUGGUUCUGGGCGACGGUCAGGGCCUGCCCUCUGCUGGGCUCCUGUCGGCCGAUGCCGGCAAGGGCACCUUGGCCGGGUCAGCACUGUCACCACUCAGAAUGCCAUGUCCCGCCUAG